GCUCGUGAUGGCAAGAGCCUGAUCCCUUGGGUUGGAGAUAGGGUUAUCCCCGGCCGAGGGGUCAAGUGAGGCUGCGACGGUGUCGGGCGAGCGGUCGGAUCCAAAGAGGGUAUCUGAACCUUCACGGCACCCCCCAAGAUGAGAUAGACCAAUAUCACACGUCAAAGGCAAUGCCAGUAUCACAUCCAUAAUAUAUUAAUAAUCCAUUUCUGCCCCUAAAAUACUCGCCAAUAUGUAAUAUUUAAAAAAUCUAUUUUUUAAACACAAACUGUCAACGAUCAAUGAUCAUCGUGCCCUGUCUGUGAAUCAAAUACAUCCGUCUUUUAUUUUGACGAGGUCUUAAACCCAAUCGUAGUUACAAGCCUUAAACCCUAAAAACCGUCGCUUUGCUGCUUCCCCUCUCAAUAUUUCCUGCCGUCUCCCAUCUCACUUCCCCACCGCGACGAAGCAGCUAUGACGCCUUCUCGCCUGUGUCUCGGUCGCGUCCGCCGCCUCUCCUCAGCCGCCGCAGCUGCUCCUGCUGCGACCAGCGCCGGUGGGUCGACGCCUUCCGCCGCAAUCUCUGUCUCCAAAGCUAAAUCAAAACUCAGGAAAGUACACGAUCCCGACAAAGCCCUGGAGAUCUACUCCUCUGUCUCCGAUCACUACGUGUCCCCUGUCUCCUCGCGCUACGCCCAGGAGCUCACCGUUCGCCGCCUCGCCAAGUCGCGCCGGUUCACCGACAUUGAAGCCCUGGUCGAAUCGCACAAGAAUGACCCCAAGAUCAAGGAAGAACCUUUCCUCUCGACCCUCAUUAGAUCCUACGGCCGAGCCGCCAUGUUUGAUCAUGCCUUGAGGACGUAUGAGCAGAUGGAACAGUUCGGCACGCCCAGAUCAGCUGUGUCUUUCAACGCCCUUCUCACCGCUUGUCUCCACUCUGGGCUGUUCGACAGAGUCCCCCAACUGUUCGAGGAAAUUCCUCAGAGGUAUAAUAUCACUCCUGACAAAAUCUCUUACGGCAUUUUGAUUAAGGCUUAUUGCGAUUCGGGCUCGCCUGAGAAGGCUUUGGAUACGUUGAGACAAAUGGAGGGCAAAGGCGUGGAAGUCACCAUCAUUGCUUUUACCACCAUUUUGGGAUCUUUGUAUAAGAAAGGGAAAGUCGAGGAAGCAGAGAUCUUGUGGAGGGAGAUGGAGAAGAAAGGCUGCGAAUUGGACGUUGCAGCAUACAAUGUUCGUGUCAUGAAUGCUCAAAAGGAAAGCCCGGAAAGAGUUAAGGAAUUGAUCGAACAGAUGAGCAAUGUGGGACUGAAACCCGAUACAAUUAGCUAUAACUAUCUGAUGACUGCAUAUUGCCAGAAAGGAAUGAUGGAUGAAGCGAAGAAGGUAUACGAAGGACUGGAGGAAUUCGGGUGUUGCCCUAAUGCAGCAACGUUUAGGACAUUGAUAUUCCAUCUGUGUCUGAAUGGGUUAUAUGAACAAGGCUAUGCGGUGUUCAAGAAGAGCGUGUCAAUGCACAAGAUUCCCGACUUCAAUACGCUGAAGCAUUUGGCUGAAGGGUUGGUGAGGAAGAAGAAAAUGGAGGAUGCGAAAGGGCUGGCGAGGACAGUGAGGAAGAAAUUCCCCCCGAAUUUCUUGAAUGCGUGGAAUAAAUUGGAGGAGAAUCUUGGGUUGAAGAAGAGUACUGCAUCGGAUUCUGCUGAAUCAUCGGUUCCCGAUCAAUGAAAGGAAGCUACUGCAUAAAGCUUAAAGGACUUGCUUAUGGAGUCAAUAGGUUUUUCUUAUGUGCUGCUUGAGCUUAUAAGACAUUGACAAAACCAUGAUUGAGCAUGCAGGUUGUUAUAAAAGCCUCUUGCUUUGUCUCAUAAGGUGCGAAGCUGUAAAAGCUAAGUGUUAGAAGAAUACAUCAAGAUUUUUUGUGUUUGGAACAUUUAUCUCUUGUUAUUCAGUUCAUGAGCUUCUUCUCUUU